CCGUCAGUGUGCACAAAGGGUUCGGAAACUGAGGCUCCGUCGCGGGCUUCUUUCUCAGCGUUGUUGACCAUCGUCUAUUCUUGAACGAUAAGAAGUGUAAAGUCGCGUGUCUCCGUUUACACAUUGGUUGGUCGCUUUCGACAUCAACAGUGUCCGAGCGAGCAGCCGUUUGCACCACAGUGUGUCUCGCGUGCUGCAACCGCAAGUAGCGAACUGUCAGCGGAAGGCCAAGCGCGAUCGCCAGGAGCCGUGUUUGUAAGUGGCGCGCCACGCGUAUCAGUCGGUCGGCUGAUCGUCGAACGAUUCGGCUGCGUGCUGUUGCUACUGGGUGAAAGAGACUUGGGCUUGCUGGAAAUCAUCCACAGGCGUCAGAGUUGAACCAAGGGCCGAAGAGGUUCGUCGACUUUUAACCUGAGCUCACCAGCCGUGUGUGACUCCUUCCAGGAAGCACUAUGCCAAGCGGACUUUUGAUCGCUGUCGGCGUCAUCGGUCUGAUCGCUGCCUUGACCGAUGCCGCCUCGAUCGGACAUGCCAGCGUCAAGGCCACGGACUGCUAUAGUGAGAUUUAUUGUACCGGAGAACUACUGAAAACUGUGCAGCUAUCUAAUAUCUACAGCGACAGCAAGACAUUCGUCGAUCUUCAACAGAUAAACGACCCUGAAAUAACUCUCGCCAACUUCUACGAGUUGAUGAAAGAAACAAACAACAAACCGACUAAAAGCCAGCUGACUCAGUAUGUUAAUGAAAAUUUCGUCGCAUCGAACGAGCUAGUAAACUGGACACUGUCAGACUGGACGAAUAAUCCCUCGAUCUUGCAACGCAUCCAAGAACCCAAGUACUACGAGUGGGUGAAAGAUCUGAACGAAAUUUGGAAGAAAUUGGCGAGGAAGGUGAAUCCUGAAGUUGCCAGGCAGCCGGAUAGGCAUAGUCUGAUUUACGUGCCCAAUGGUUUAAUAAUUCCUGGUGGUCGUUUCAAAGAGUUUUACUAUUGGGACAGUUACUGGGUGAUUGAAGGGCUACUGUUAUCCGACAUGUAUCAAACUGCCAGAGGAAUGAUAGACAAUUUCUUAUACAUGGUGCAGAAAUAUGGGUUUAUACCCAACGGUGGUAGAAUUUAUUACCUCAUGAGGAGCCAACCACCCCUAAUACAUCUCAUGGUAUCAAAAUACUUGGACUUUACUGGGGACUACGAUUAUCUGCGCAAAGUUAUACCGACCUUGGAAAGUGAGUUUGCUUUCUGGCAACAGAAAAGGAUGAUCGACGUAAAAAAAAACGGAAGAACGUACAAAAUGGGGCACUAUGCCGUCAACAGCACGAGACCUCGACCGGAAAGUUACAGGGAAGACUACGAACAGGCGCAACUACUGCCCGAAAAGUCUCGGGAUUUCUUCUACAACAAUAUAAAAGCAGGCGCCGAAAGUGGCUGGGACUUCUCCAACAGGUGGUGUAUAGCGGACAACAAUAACAGAACGCUCAGUUUACUGAAUAUCUCUACGCAGCACAUUAUACCUGUCGACCUUAAUGCGAUUCUGCAACAAAACGCCCGGCUCCUCGGCGAAUUUCACAGUCUGCUUGGAAACAAUGCGAAAUCCCAGUAUUAUCAUAAAGUAGCGUCGCAACUCCAAAUGGCUAUCGACAAUGUUCUAUGGAACGAAGAAGAAGGAACAUGGCUGGACUACGACAUGAAGAACGCGAAACCUAGGCACGCGUUUUAUCCGUCGAAUCUUGCGCCACUUUACACUCGAAGUUACAAUCGCUUACAACGCGAGCGCUACGCGUUAUCCAUUGUGAAAUAUCUCAAGACACAGAAUAUCGACACUUUCUUGGGAGGUACACCCACAUCAUUAAAUUACACGGGAGAACAAUGGGAUUUUCCGAACGCGUGGCCACCGUUACAAUCAUUUAUUGUAAUGGGUCUCUACUGGACAGGGGUUGAGGAAGCGGUGAACUUCGCCCACGAAUUGGCAUUUAGAUGGCUUGGCUCCAAUUACGCUGGCUACGUAGAAUAUAAGGAAAUGUUUGAGAAGUACGACUCGCUCACGCCGGGGAAAAGUGGCGGCGGAGGGGAGUACGAUGUGCAGUCUGGCUUCGGAUGGACUAACGGCGUGGUCUUGGAAUUCCUUAAUACCUUCCCGAACAUCAAGGUGAAGGAGAUUAGCUACAUCAACGACAUAAACACAGAAAUCAGACAAUAGCAGGUUUCAUUGGUGAUGGUGCAACGCGUAUUUUCCAACGAAUCUAGUCUACACGGAAAAACAGGGCAGCGCGUUUUAUAAAAACCCACCGUUUGUUCCAUGUGAAUCAACGUGUAUAUUUUUUUAAGAAAAUUUGUCUUCGCCGUUCACCGAUCGUUUCUUUUUUAACUAUCAUUUUCGUUAAUGUUAACGAUAGUUACAAUGACGACAGUUUUAUCUUGGACCAAACCCACAAAAGAAGAUUUUACAUGAAACGUUUGUACAAUACUAGCUGAGAUAUAAUAUUAUUAUACGUGUAACGAAAGAAAACUUAACCGACACUAGUUAAUUUAUUGUUUAGUAUUUUUAAUCGUUGAAAUUUCGUCCAUCCAGAGUGUCUUAUAGAGUUUAAAUAAUUGUUAAUGAUCAAAUAGAAUAAUUUAGAAAUGUCGUUCAUAAGGAAUAUUAGAGUUUGCUAAAUUUAUAUCAGUCAAAUAUUCACAUAAAAUUUGCGAAAAUUAUUUUUCAGUACAAUCUAAGGAUAUCAUGUAUCAAGGUAGUAAGAAUUAUCUCGAUGUCAACGAUAUUGAAUGUCAAUUAUA